AUGAUUAGUAAUAGAAAGAGACCAAGAGUUUUAAGCACUGAUGGACAUUCAAGUGUUUCCAAUGAUACAGCUACUAAUUCUACAAAACUAUCAGAUACACCUCCUUUUAGUCAUCAUCAUAAUCAACAAUUCCAUCAACUGCAACAACAACAAGAAAAACAACAACAACAACAACAACAACAACAACAACAAAUGCAGAUUUUAUCUGAUACUUCAACUGAUUCAAGUAAUUCAAGUUUCCCAUUUUAUAAACCAUUACUUAAAAGUAGUAAAAUUGAAUCAAGUAUGUUUACAAAUCCAUUUUUGUCAAUUCAUGACAAGAAUGGUAUACAAUUACUCGAUUAUGAUAAUGAGAAUGACGAAGAAGAGGAAGAAGAAGAAGAGGAGGAAGAUGAAAUUAGUGACAAUAUCCUUGACGAUGAUAAUUAUGCAAUAGAAGAUGAUGAAGAAGAAGUGGAUGAAGAUGAUGAAGACGAAAUAGUUGAUGUUGAUGAAGAUGAUGAUGAUGAUAUUGAAGAAAUUGAUGGUUUUGAUAUUAAUAAUGAUGACGAUGAUGAUGAUGAUGAUGAUGAUGAUAUUAUUUUUAUUGAACAACGUCAACUACCCAAAAGAAACAGUGAUAGUUUAUUAUAUGAUACACAAGCAUUGGAAGCCUAUAAUAAAUUUCGAUCCAAUAGAAAUAACACUAAGAAUAAGAAUAAGAAUAAGAAAAAGCUACCUCCAGCUCGUAUCAAGAAACAACGAACUAAUUCAUUACCUCAAUUACCACAAGCCAAAUGUAUUUAUAAUAAAUUACCCAAUUAUAUUUUACAAGGACCAAAAUUGGGGAAUAUACGAACCAAUGUAAUACCUCAUCAAUUGAAUUUGCCACCUUGUGUCGAUGAAAAUGGUCAUUAUAUUGUCAAACCAAAUACUUUAUUUGCCAAUAGAUUUAUUAUUAUUAAAUUAUUGGGUCAAGGUACAUUUGGUAAAGUUGUUCAAUGUUUUGAUAAAAUUAAAAAUGAACAUGUUGCCAUUAAAAUAAUUCGUAAUAUUCAAAAAUAUCGUGAUGCUGCCAAAAUUGAAUUGAGAGUAUUAUCAACAUUAAAAAAAUUUGAUCCAGAAAAUACUAAUCAUUGUAUUCAUUUAAGAGAAUGUUUUGAUUAUCGUGGUCAUAUUUGUAUUGUUACUGAUUUACUCAAAAUUUCAUUAUAUGAUUUUUUGGAAAAUAAUAAAUAUAUUGGAUUCCCAGGGAGUCAAAUUCAAUCAAUAGCUAAACAAUUGAUACGAACAGUUUGUUUUUUACAUGAUUUAGGAAUUAUUCAUACUGAUUUAAAACCAGAAAAUGUUUUACUUAAAGAUGAUAAUUAUCAUAAAUUGAAAAUAACUAGUCUGACAAUAAUAUCAGCUUAUUUAUCAUUAAAAAAUGAUAAACGAUCAAUUAAAUUUCUGAAAAUAUUAAAUUUAACUGAUAUUUAUGUUAUUGAUUUUGGUAGUUCAAUAUUUGAUAGUGAAUAUCAUUCUCUGGUAGUAUCAACACGACAUUAUCGAGCACCAGAAAUUAUUUUUAAUUGUGGUUGGUCAUUUGCUAUUGAUUUAUGGUCAGUUGGUUGUAUAUUAGUUGAAUUAAUUAUUGGUGAACCAUUAUUUAAAACUCAUAAUGAUCAAGAACAUUUACAUAUGAUUCAAAAAAUAUCAGGAGAAUUAAUUAAUCAACAAAUGGUUUUAAUGUGUAAAAAACAAGGUUAUAAAGUUGGAGAAUAUUUUGAUGAUAAUUGUCAAUUAAUUAAAUUAGAAGAAUUAAAAUUUAUUCAAUCAGUAAAUCAAUUGGAUAGAAUUGAUAAAUUUAUUUCUAAAAGAUUAGGUAUAAAUCUUGAUUUAAAUUUAUCAUUAGAAGAAAAUUAUAAUCUUAAUCGAAAUCACCACCACCACCACCAUGAAUAUGAUGAAUUUGAUGAAAAUAAAAUUUUAUUUUAUUAUUAUUUUGUUGAUUUAUUACAAAGUUUAUUAAAAAUUAAUCCUCAAGAAAGAAUUACUGCUGAAGAAGCAAUGAAUCAUCCUUGGUUUGAUUUAGGUACUAUAGAUGAAGGUAUUGUGUGA